AAUGUUAAUUUAUUUAGUCACUAAACACUAAAGAUUUAUCUUUUAUCCAAAAGAAUGUAUGUAAGGCAGUAAAUAAGGAGUUUUGUGCGAAGGGUGACAAUAACCUUAAGGCGGGUAUCUGAUACGAACUUAAAAUUAGCUCUAGGCUCUAAGUUCCUGUAGUCAGAUAUCACAUCCGUGCAGCUGGUUAUCAUCUAAUACAAGAAACGUGAUGUUCUAAUAAACAGGACAGACGACAAGCACUAUAUAAGUAGUAAUGUACGCGUGAGUGUACUAACAGUCUUUCGUCUGUUUAGUGAUACUCAUCUGGAGCCCUGUCAGAAAAGAACCAUGCGCUUUUUAACAGCGUCUCUUUUACUUCUCUCCGCUGGGUUGUCCAUCUCUGAUAAAACUACAAUCCUUCGCUUGCCAUCGCCACAGACCACAAAGAGCUACGUGAAGCUGCAGGCAGCCACUCCUGCGAUGACCGCCUUGACAGCUUGCCUGAGGGCUAAGACCGCGUUCACUGGAAAUGCCGCUUCAUUUCUCCUGUCUUACGCCGCGACUUCUACGGACAACGCUUUCCUCCUUGGGUACAAGAGAAGUGGAAAGAUCGUACUCCAUGUAUUUAACGCAGAAAAAGAUACGUCCGUGUCUACAGUCUAUGAUGGGGCCUGGCACCACUGGUGCUUCUCUUGGAACAGUCGUGGUGGGAAGUGGACGGUUUACAAAGAUGGCAUGCCUGCAGCGGCGGGAACUGGCUUCCAGACGGACAAAACCAUACCAGCAAAUGGAGUUUGGAUAGUUGGACAAGAUCAAGAUACGGUAGGCGGCGGAUUUGACGCUACACAAGCCUAUGUUGGUGACAUCACGAGCAUCAAUGUUUGGAACACCGACAAUAUUGACGUUGCAGCAGUUGCGAACUGUGGCGAUAAUUUUGGAGGAAACGUCAUCUCUUGGUAUGACGUCAGCAAAGAAAUUCACGAAGUGUCUACAUACAGAGAAGAUCUUUGCAAAUUGAAAUAAGAGAUACAAAGGAAAAAUUAAAUUUCGUUUGUCAAGUUUCUGCUUUUCUUCUCUUUCAUAAAGGUAUAAUAAAAUGUGCUUUAUCUUA